GCUCGCAGGCCAUUGGCUGAGCCGGGAGGAUCUGGUCCCGCUCUUCCCCGCCCCCCAGUGACACAAUAGCAGCUCCUUCCAAGAUGGCGGCGGCGGCGGCAGACUCGGGAGCUGGGAGCCCGCAGGCUGGAGAUUCCUCUGGCGGGGGCGCUGGGGGCGGGCUGCCGUCCCCCGGGGAGCAGGAGCUGAGUCGACGCCUGCAGCGCCUGUACCCCGCGGUCAACCAGCACGAGACGCCUCUGCCGCGCUCCUGGAGCCCCAAGGACAAGUACAACUACAUCGGCCUCUCCCAGGGCAACCUCCGGGUCCACUACAAAGGUCAUGGCAAAAAUCACAAAGAUGCUGCCUCAGUGCGUGCCACCCACCCCAUACCUGCUGCCUGUGGCAUUUAUUACUUUGAGGUGAAGAUUGUCAGCAAAGGAAGAGAUGGGUACAUGGGAAUAGGACUCUCAGCUCAAGGCGUCAACAUGAACAGACUUCCUGGUUGGGAUAAACAUUCCUAUGGUUACCACGGCGAUGAUGGGCAUUCAUUCUGCUCUUCUGGGACUGGCCAGCCCUACGGUCCCACAUUCACCACAGGAGACGUGAUUGGCUGCUGUGUCAACCUCAUCAACAGCACUUGCUUCUAUACCAAGAAUGGCCACAGUCUUGGUAUAGCCUUCACAGACCUCCCGGCCAACCUCUACCCCACCGUAGGCCUGCAGACACCUGGGGAGAUUGUGGACGCCAACUUUGGGCAGCAGCCCUUCCUGUUUGACAUUGAGGACUACAUGCGGGAGUGGCGUGCCAAGGUCCAAGGCACUGUCCAUUGCUUCCCCGUCAGUGCCCGGCUUGGAGAGUGGCAGGCGGUGCUGCAGAACAUGGUCUCAUCUUACCUGGUGCAUCAUGGGUAUUGUGCCACGGCCACAGCUUUUGCCCGAAUGACUGAAACCCCGAUUCAGGAAGAACAAGCAUCCAUAAAGAACAGACAAAAGAUCCAGAAGCUGGUGCUGGAGGGCCGUGUGGGUGAGGCCAUUGAGACCACACAGCGCUUCUACCCAGGACUGCUGGAGCAUAACCCUAACCUGCUCUUCAUGCUCAAGUGCCGACAAUUUGUGGAGAUGGUGAAUGGGACUGACAGUGAGGUCCGCAGCUUGAGCUCCCGAAGCCCCAAGUCCCAGGACAGCUACCCUGGCUCCCCCAGCCUCAGCCCCCGACACGGCCCUAGUAGUUCCCACAUGCACAACACAGGAGCAGACAGUCCCAGCUGCAGCAAUGGUGUCGCAUCCUCGAAGAGCAAACAGAACCACAGUAAAUACCCUGCACCCAGCUCCUCUUCCUCCUCCUCAUCCUCCUCGUCCUCCUCAUCCCCAUCCUCCGUCAAUUACUCCGAGUCCAACUCAACAGAUUCCACCAAGUCCCAGCCCCACAGCAGCACCAGUAACCAGGAGACCAGUGACAGUGAGAUGGAGAUGGAAGCGGAGCAUUACCCCAAUGGUGUGCUGGAGAGUGUAUCCACACACAUUGUCAAUGGCGCCUACAAGCAUGAGGACCUGCAGACAGAUGAGUCCAGCAUGGAUGAUGGGCAUCCUCGGCGGCAGCUUUGUGGGGGCAACCAGGCUGCCACAGAAAGGAUUAUCCUGUUUGGUCGCGAGUUGCAGGCACUGAGUGAGCAGCUGGGCCGGGAGUAUGGCAAGAAUUUGGCCCACACGGAGAUGCUGCAGGAUGCUUUUAGCCUGCUGGCAUACUCAGAUCCCUGGAGCUGCCCAGUUGGCCAGCAGCUUGACCCCAUCCAGAGGGAACCUGUGUGUGCUGCCCUCAACAGCGCCAUUUUAGAGUCUCAGAACCUGCCAAAGCAGCCACCUCUGAUGCUCGCCUUGGGUCAGGCAUCUGAAUGUCUACGGCUCAUGGCCCGAGCAGGCCUGGGAUCUUGCUCCUUUGCCAGAGUUGAUGACUACUUGCACUAGCUGACCACGCUGGCUGGCCCCACCUGGCCCUUCCUCGGCCCCAAGGCUGGAGCAGCCUUGCCCUCUAUAGGCAUCUGGCGCAGGGACCUGGAAGCCAUGGGCAGAGUCCAUUCCUCCUGCCUGGCCUUCCCUACUCCCUUUUCUUUCUUUCUUUCUUGCUUUCUUCCCUUCCUUCCUUCCUUCCCACGCCCUCCCACCCCCCACCAGUCUGUCUUCACUUGCAGCGGCCUCUGACACAGUAUUGGCUGGUAACUCUCAUGUAGCGCCUUCAACUUUGAAAGGGGGGGGUUGUUUAGAGGAGGGGUUGGGUUUUUUUAAAUCUUUUUGUUUUUUUCCUCCUGACUGAGCCACCAGUAUUUAUCUCUGGAGAGCUUGUGCUGAGCUGGUUUCUGCUCAUUUAGUGAUGAAGCCUAUCCAAGUUGGUGAUAGCUUACUAUUUUCAUAAGUAAAAAAAAAAAAUGAGAUUAUAUAUAUAAAUAUAUAUAUUAAAAAAAAGACAGUAUUUAUCGUAGUAUUAGUGGUCCAGCACCUCUUGGGUGAGGCUGUCCAGACACCAUAUGUUUUUAUUUCAGUCCAACUCAUUAAAAAAGAACCAUCUCUGUCACCUCAGCCAAGUGAUGUGUUUAUUUCAGGCUUCCCCUUAGUUGAGCCACAGGCCCAGAUGCAACUCCCAGAAGCCCAGCAGGCUUUGCGGGGGCCACUUAUGGACAGGUCAGGCUAAGUUGGUUUGCAGCAUCUGAGAGCUGUAAGUCUCUAGGCCCCUGGGUGGAGAGCUAUAGGGCUGAGACUUCAGAGAAGGGAUGAGUUGGUUGGCCCAGGGCUAUACAGCAAAGUAAGGGAGUAGAGGGUCCUUGGCCAGCACGCUAUCUACCAUUCUACCCUGCCUCUCACUGCCUACCUUGCCCUUCCCUUUCUCCCCCCUUUCAGCAUCCUGUUUUCCCUUGUUGUUAAGAUGGCCAAAUAAUUCAUUUACUCUAAAUUGAUUGCCUGGAAACUACCUGCCUUCGACCUGAGAGCUGCUGUGUGCCAGGCUGUCGGGAGGAUGUCUCUAUUCCAGGACAGAGGCCCUUGAGUACAGGGACUGCCUUCUUUCUGCCUGGAUCUUCACCAUUCUGUACAGCUCUGAUGGAAUCAAUGCUUUCUGUUGUGAAGCUAGGACCUUGUGGAGGCAGAUACUUGGGCCGCCAGUUGCUGGAGUGGAUGGAACUCUUGACCUACUAGGCCAGGCUUCACUGCAGCUGUGCCAGGCAACUCACUGCAGCUUGGCCCCAGCCACUCUUAGAAAAGACUACUAUGAGUAUUUGUUGGCCAGAGGAAGGGACCUCAUGGGCUCUACAAAUGUCCCACCAGCCGUUUCAGAUGGAUCCUCACAGCCGGUGGGGCAGAAACAAUCCCAGUACUGCCAUCAGGGAAUCAGGAGAGGAAGGGCUGAGAUAACUGCUAGGACCUGAGCAGGCCAUCAGUGGAGAGGACUGACUGCCCAGGAAGAAGAAAUGGAGGAGGCCUACCCAGAGGAGCACCAAGAGGGUCUGGGCUUUCUCUACCUGCUUCAGAGUGAGAGGGAAUGCACAGGUAGCCCUUGCAAAGGGCCAAGGACAGAAAUUGAACUUUCAGUCUGUGCCUGAGCAAGGGCUGGGUAAGCUCCUGCUCUCUGGCAGCAGACAUAGGGAUGUUUGGUAUAGCCUGAGAUACUCAUUGCCUAUCACGCUCACAGCUGGACAGGAGAAGUGACUCAAUUGGACCAACUGCUGGUGAUGGGGUGAGGGCCCUGGCCCUGUGCUUUUCCCGAAUUCUGCCUUGGGACAUGAUCCUAUAGGCUGCUGCUGUUUCUUAGUCCCCACCAGGGCCUCGGCUAGCACCCCACAGACCAUGGCCUGUUGGGGAGGUGUUGUCAUAUCUAUAAAGGAAAACUCAUCCUUUGUGAGGCUGGGGAUGGCUAACUCCCAAAUGCAGAGGUUAGAAACAUCAGGGUGUUAGAAUGAUCAGAGCUGAGCAGGAUUGGGAAUUAAAACCAGAGGCUUUUUUAGCUGAAAUGGGGUUCAGAGAACAUCUACUCCACCAGUCCUCUCAUUUAAUAAGGAAACAGAGCUUGGAGAUGAAAUGACUUAGUCAAAGUCACACAGCAAAUUAGUGGCAGAGCUGGGACUAACCUCAUCCCCUUGGGUUAUACAACACUGCUUAGUCCUGAAGCUAAAUGGUGAGUGAAAGGCUUAGGCUGGUGAGGCCCCCAGCAGUGUCUAGGCAGCUGGUACCUUCAGGGGUGUGUCAGGGAUGGGGAUGGGUGCCUGGGCUUGAGUUGUGGAGCAGCUGAGAGAGGGCCCAAGAGGGCCCAGGACUGCUGUGUGCUGCUUGGGGUUGAGUGUCCACCUGGCUCACACUCAGUUCCCAUGGCCACCUCCCCAUUUUCUGUGCCUUAUCUCUCUGUUUCAGCUGAGUCCAAGUUGUUUACUCUGUUCCUCUCCAGAGGGGCUCUCUGUCCCAAUUGGACAGCUUACCUUUGGGAUAUCAGCCUUUGCCCCACAAGCCAUGGAGAGGAUCAAAACCAAGCUGCUUGAGUCCACUAUCUUGCUGAUAGUCCAGGGCUGCCUGCCAGCCAGAGGAGCACCUUAUGCACACCCACUCCUACCAGCCUGUUGUCUGGGAGCCAACAGUGGGGAAGACACCUGGGAGGAGCCCCAGUGAAGGGCUGGACCUGAUCUGAGGGGACAGGAAGAAGACCUGGCUCUGUUGGGCCAUCCAGCCUUGGGAUAGCAGCCUUCCCUGCUUACCUUUCCCCCUUAUGCCACCAAAUGUUACCUUCCAGAGCGGACACUGGCAGACAAUGCAAAGAAAGCCAGAACCUCUCAUCCUCACCCAUGUGGGUCUGUGGCUGAGGGGGGGGGGGGGCGCUAGGCUGCCAGAACAGGGACACUGGGACACUAAGAGAUGGGGAAGUGGGGACUGCCCAGCUAUCCAGCGCCUUCCUACCCCUUAAGCAAGCACAAAGAAGAUGAGGCAGAGAACUGUCAGCGCUUAAAGUUCCUUUGGUUGCUCACAACUCAGGUAUGCACGCUGUGUGGCAGCCUGGCAGCAGAGCCCUACUUGACUGCCAGUCCAGUGCACCGGACCUGUGGCCAGUUCGUGGACUCUUGCUGCCUCAGGUGCUGCCUCUUUGCAUAGGGUUUUCCUCCAUUAGUAACUACAGCUGAAACAGACGUCCUCCACAUUGUGCACACUGGUUCUGCCUUUGUCCUUGGGAGUUGAUGCUUGGCAUUAGCAUGAAACUUGUGGGAGUGUUUAGAAAGAAUUCUAACACAAAACAUCCUAUUAAAUUGUACUUGAGAGAUAAAAAAAACUCCUGUUGUAUUUUGACAGAAUUAUUUUUAUUAAAAUACACAUCCAUGAGCAGUCA